AUGCGACGGUCCGUCGACGCAGUCCUCAUCGUGCAUGAACAUUCUCUUCCGCACAUCUUAUUGCUCCAAAUAGGCACUACUUUUUUCAAGCUACCUGGAGGAGAGCUGGAAGUAGGAGAAGAAGAAACCGAUGGCAUGAAGCGUUUACUAGAUCUCACCCUUGGAAGGACGGAUGGCGUGAAAAACGAGUGGAAAAUAGAGUACCCAUACAUACCAGCUCAUGUCACAAAACCAAAAGAGCAUACUAAACUUCUGCUGGUGCAAAUGCCUGAGAAAGGUGCGUUUGCUUAA